AUGAAGAUUGUCAGAGAGAAGGAACAUCCAAAUAUUGUGGGAAGGAGGUCGAUGUUGCCAGCUCCAAAAACUACACUAUCAUCCCGGACCGUAACUCAUGUAACUCCAAAAUCAAGAAUAUCGGCUCCGUCUAGUUUGAUUCGAGCUCCAAGAACUAAAAUUACCGCGUCAGUUUGGGAGAUUCCACCUGUAACUCCAAAAUCUGUUACUUUGGCUCAAUUGAUUCCACCUGUAACUCCAAAAGUUGUUACAUCGACUCCAAAACUUCAAUCCCACACAACAAACCCUCCGGAUUUCAACUUUCCAAUGUCACCUCUAGCGGUUUCAACCCCGACUGCAACUCAAAUUUCAUCAACUCCUGCAGAUGCUCUAGUUUCUACUUUGACGCCACCAAAAACUCCUGUACCACCGAAGCUAAUACAUCCAAGCCACUUGCAUGAUAGAGUGAUGGUUAUCGACAGGAAAAACUCGCUGGAAAUGAAAGCCGCCGACAGCAAACGGGCAUUUGUAAAAAAGAGAAGCAAAGUGACGGCGUCGGAAGUUCGGAAGCAUGUAAUAAGCGGACUUCUUCCAAUUCAUCGUUUGCAAGAUGGAGAGAACGGUUUCGAUUUGGACAUUUCUAUGAUGGGGAAGGUCCAAUUCACCGAACCCGUACCACCGAUUGAUGUGGAGACAUUGUUGGAACAACGAAAAACGUGUCUUCUCUACUCAAUUUCAUCUCCGAAAUCUUCUAAACCGAUAUUUGAAUACGUGUCAGAUGAUGUCGAAGUGAAAACUAUCCGACAAGACGGGUUAUCAGAUCACAACUAUACAACUAUCCCAAAUAUUGAAAACCACGUCCGAGACAUUUGUGCGUUUUACUGCGAUGAUUUUUCGUUGGUCAACAGGAAGCAUGCUCAACUCGGAACGGAAGAUAUCAAAGACCGUUGGAACUUGGAAAAGCUCACCGCACUCCGUUCCCUCCGUCCACAACUCUUCCACAGUGGUCUCCGUAUCAUGGAUAGAGAGCCAAGCACAAUUUCUCUUGAUGGAACUUCAUAUGACACAACAGAUCUAUCCAAAUGUGCCACUGAACAGUUCUAUGUAUCUAUGCUCAAAAAGUCCGCCAUUGACCGAAAUACUCUGCUUUACUCAAUGCUAUCCAAGAAUCGAGUGAAGCAUUUCUUGAAUUGCAUCAAUUCAGAAGAAAGGGAGUGGAAAUGGGAGAAACGUGGAAUCCCACGCCUCCCGGAGCAAGAAGAGACACCAAAACUUUUCGUGAAGGUGGAGAAGGCUAUCGCAGACCCAUACUUUGAACCAUUAUUUGUGUCGAUGGCAGUAUAUGAUAUUCGUAACAGACAAAAAGUCACAGAGUCAGUCUACUUCAACAUUGCUGACCAUGACAAAUUGGAUAUGCUUGGAAAACACCAACCCAACUUCCUAAAUAACAACAUGCAAUCCCUGUUCAACAUCACUGGUGUACUCUCGGAUAUGUUUUUGGUCAUCAAGAUAGAGAAAGUGUUACAACAAACAGAUGUGUUUGACAACAGUGAACCAUACACCGGCACCAAAGAAGAAAGAAAUCUGGAAAAGUUGAAAGCAACAGCUGAAGACAACUGCCAACGUCUGGGUGCAUAUCGAACUUUGCUGGGAUUUCAAGUUGUGGACAUUCAGCGAGUAUUCAAUGCAAACGUUUCUGCUACAGUAUGUGGUGACAGAAAAACAGAUCCUAUGAUGGCAUCGCAGUGUACCACCAACUCAGGUGUUGUGAUUACAACUGCUGGUCAAAAUCAAGAGGAUCGAUGCAGUAUCACAAGUGCUGAUAGAACAUCCAUCUCAUCAAUGAGCUCAACUUUGAGAAGAUUUGGCAGUGGUACAUCGGCGGCAACUGUUUUCAGUCGUGUCCGAACUCCGUUGACCAAGAGAAAAUUUGCGCCUGUCUCAAAUAUGACUACGAGCAGAGAUGUCCCAGACUGCUUGGACAAUAUGCCGUCUUGUAACCUCAAAUUCAGCACAUUCAUCCGUCAGGAGGGAGAUAAAACAUCGGAAGAUGACAUUUAUAGACUUUGCAGUGAAGUUCGGAAGGCUCAUGGGAAAAUUAAUAAGAAAAUGUUCAAUUUUGAAUUGGAAUUGACUCUCGCAGGAUCUAACAAAAGUAAAGAAUGUCAAAGUCACGGAAGCAAUCUGACUCUAAGCAGUGAAAAUAUGAUUCACGAAGCAAUGGAGAUCCCAAAAUACAAGUCUACACUCAAUAAAUCUUACAAAAACGUGAUUUUCGUCUACCCAAAGCAUAUCAACCUGUCGAAUAGAACUGGAAACGCGAGGAAUAUUAUGAUAAAGGUAGAGUUGAUGGACGCAAGUGAAGUGCCACAAGACGCAGUUUUUGAGAAAGGAGCCAAUAGACAGAGCUUAUUGAAAAGUGCUAAGACUACAGUGAUUUAUCACAACAGAACCCCACACUUCACGGAUGAAAUCAAGUUAUCGCUACCCUGUGACUUGAACGACGGACAUCAUCUUCUAUUCACCGUUUACCACAUCUCAUGUAAAGAUGGGGACUCGUCAUCCGCGGAAAAUCCAAUCGGAUAUACAUGGCUCCCUCUGUACCGAAAUGGAAAACUUCGCAGUGGAGACUUCCAUCUUCCAGUUUGUGGAGAGAAACCACCAUCUAGCUACGGAUAUCUUGAUGCACAUAAUGCUCUGCCCAAUUUGAAGUGGAUUGAUAAUCACAAACCAAUAUUUUUCUGCUCAACAAAGAUGAUUUCGAGUGUUCAUGCUCAGGACGACUAUCUGGAGAAAUUCCUAACAGGAGUAGCUAGUCUUAGUUCAAAUGACAUCAAAAAGCCUCCAGUCGGAGAAUCUGAGCUGAUCCAUUGCAUUGAUAACUUACUCAAGGCUGGACCUGACAAGCUUGUUGCGUUCAUCCACUUUAUCCUCAGCCGACUGUUGUUUCUGAUUGCCAACCCACCGUAUACCGACGAGUUGUCGAUGAAAUGCUUUGAGUGUAUUGGCAACUUGGUGAAACUGUUCUCAAGAAUGCUUGAUUCUGACAUUGACGCUCAUAAUCGGAGCAUGCUAUUGUCAUCUUACAUUAAGUACCGCAAGUUGGCUACACAAGAAUCAAAGCCUCAUUCUAACAUCCGGCCAGUGGAAUUGAAGUCGUCGCCAACGGACAACAGUAUGAUAACAAGUAUGAUUGAACAUGUAGAAAGGACUCACUCGUCGACAAAUCUUGGAGCGACUAACGUUAGACUUCAUGAGAGUCUUCUAGAAGUAUGGCUACGUGCUCGUGGUACUGCACGAGAAAACUCUCUGGUCAAUUCAUGGUUCCUUCUGGAAAUAAUUCUAAAAGCGAGCUCGGAAUACUUGACAAUGACUGGCAGGAUGUUUUCUUCAAGGAAAAUCAGAUUUGGAGAUCAAUUCCUGAAAAAUGUGGAGACAUUGAUUGAAAUUUUGGCGCAAGAAGUGAUUACCCGUCAUGCGAAUGACUUUGAAGAGGCGAAAAUGAUAUCCAACUCACUGGGAUACUUUUUGAGAGACUGUUUCUCUAUUAUGGAUCGAACAUUUGUGAUGAAAUUGGUACACAAAUACUUGACGGCAUUCUCAGAAAGCAUGAAAAAAUUGGCUCACAAUAAUGAACUUCUUUCAAUCAAAAUUGAGUUUAUAAGAGUUGUUUGUUCUUAUGAGCACUACCUGAUAGUGAAUGUUCUUAGUGAUAUUGACCCACCAGAGUCUACAGUCACUGGAGCAGCGCCGCCAGUUUCCUCAUUGACAGGAAGCAAAGGAAAACGAAACACGUUGGUCAGUUGGACUAUGAAUGACAGUUCAAGAUCUACGCAUUACCUCUCAGGGCAAGUGAUGUCUGAUGUGAAAGAUGCUAUUGCUUCUGGAAAUACUACGUUGUGCGCCAAAGCCAUUGAAACUGUGAAAGAACUUCUGCAGUCCCAUGAACUCGACAAUAGAAUUUCGGAGGGAGAAUCUGCUGCCCAAGUAGCCAAUAUAUACAAACCAUUGGUUGGAAUUGUCCUGGAUAAUAUUGAUUGUUUGUAUUCCGGGUCAAUUCGCAAUUCUACCGAUGUCUCUUCAACCAACUCAUUUGUUGAGCAGACACUGAGACAAGAUGUGAUGGCAGCGAUUGCUGGAAAAUUGAGAAAUAGUCCAGAUCCAAGUUUUGGAAAAUUACAAAUGGACUUGUCUAUGACAAAAUCUAUUCUGUGCUGUAUGUUCUGGGUGUUGAAACACAUUGACCGCGAAGAUCUCCAACACUGGAUUGGGUCACUAGAUCACGAAUACAUGCUAAAACUACUUCACAUCUUGUAUUACACAAUGUCAACUUUUGAGAUCAAAGAUGAUCCGGUCACUGCAAGACGUUCACCCGACAAAACGUCUCUUUCAAAAUUGGACGAAGAACCAGAACCAGGAGAGGUGAAAUGGAGAACACGAAGCUCGGAUACAUGUGACUCGAGAGCCGAUCGAGUAUCUACUCAAGAGGCUGUUGCAUCUGAUGCUAUUGUCUCUUGUGAAGUUUUCAUGUGUGUUGUGGAACUUAUCGACAACAUAAUCACAGUUGCAACUGAUGUGAAAAACUCACAGUUCCACAUUUUGCCAAUGGUUUUCCCAAUUAUCAUGCAUGGACUAUCCUGCAAUGCCUCCGACCAAGUUCUUGAAGUAAUCUUCGCCGCUCAACAAAACUUUUUUGCAAAGUUCCCAGACAUGAUUUUGGAACAAAAACCAGAACUCUGCGCGGAACUCUCCCAACAAAUCCUUCGUCAUUGUUCUUCAACAAAAUUGGAGAAUGUGAGAACAAUGGCCACAGUCAGUCUCUACCAUUUUUUGAGAGAGAACUACAAGUUGUACAAGAACCUCACCCGUGCCAGAACAUUCUUAUCAACCGCUCUUUCUACGUUGUUGUCCGGAAGUUGUGGGGUGGAUAUCUUUGUGAACGAUGAAUUCAUGACCAAGAGUUUGGAGAUUGCCAACCAACUAGCAGCAGAAGACGAUACAUUUGAUGAUUCCACUAAGAAGAAGCUCACCGAACAGAUGAAUGAGUUGACUGCAAACCUUCAGAAGAUCAUGUUAAGUACAGUUAGAAUGCGUGAACAUGUCAAUGACUAUGAAAUGACAAUUGAUCUUAUGUACCAGCUAGUGGAAGGCUACUCUAAUAAUCCUGACUUGAGAAUUACUUGGCUGCUGAACAUGGCAGAGCGACACGAAAAACAACGGAAUCUCUGUGAAGCUGCUCACAGCUAUCUUCAAGCGUGUGCUCUUGUCUUUGAGUACAUUGCCCAACGAGACCAGAAUUUGGCAUUUGAAUCAAAGGGAGCUGCAACGUUUGCAGAAAUCACACCGAACGCUAUCAAAGAGUCAAGGACAAACUUUAACUCUGUUAAAAACGCCGACAAUGAGAACCACAUCCAGUCAUACCACUUCACUGAAGCCGGACUAGUAAAAAUAUUGGAAAAAUCUUUCUCCCUCCUUGAAAAAGCUCAACUUUACGAGUUGCUCUUCCCGUUCUCAAAAAUUAUUCUCAACUACUGCCAUGCUACAAAGAGUUACAGUAGAGUUGCUCACAUCCACAAGCGUCUUAGUAUUGCUGCAGAUCAAAUCAAGGAAACUGGAGACUUUUAUGAAAACCAGUCAGAUCCUUGGUUAUCUCCUCUACCAGGUAUCGACAAAAGAUGUUUUGGAACUUUUUUCCGGCUUGCAUUCUACGGAAAGUUGUUUGGGGAGCUGCAUAACAAAGAGUUUGUGUACAAGGAACCAGCAUUCACAAAGUUGAAUGAAAUCAGUGGUCGACUGGAGACAUUUUACACAAACAUGUAUGGCGAAGGAAAUGUGGUUGUUCUUAAGGAUUCUAGACCAGUUGAAAUGGAUAAGCUGAAGCCGGACAAGGCCUACAUUCAAAUCACAUUUGUUGAUGUUUUCUUGUCUGAUAAUGAGAGAAUGGAAAGAUCGACGUACUUUGAAAGGAGAAAUAAUGUGAACAGAUUUUACUUUGAAACACCGUACACUAUGGAAGGUCGUGCUCAAGGAGAUUUGUCAUCUCAGUACAAGAAGCGGACUAUUCUUACGGUAGAAAACUCAUUCCCAUACAUCAAAACUCGUCUCCGUGUCGUUAACCGAAGUAUCAUGAACUUCUCUCCAAUCGAAGUUGCGAUUGAAGACAUCGAAAAGAAAACUAGAGAACUCGCCGCUGCUGCUCAGCAUAAAAACGCCAAAAUGUUGUCAAUGUUGGUGCAGGGUUCGAUUGGAACAACAGUGAAUCAGGGCCCACUUGAGAUUGCUAAUGUCUUCCUUGCCAACUCGAUGACCGAUGAGCGUGGUCGACCGGUGGAUCGUCUCCAGAAUAAACUUCGUCUCUCCUUCCGCCACUUACAGUACCGUGCAAUGGAAGCUAUCGAGCUAUCCCGUCAAUUAAUUGGAGAAGAUCAAAAAGAAUACCAAGAGAAUGUAGAGGCAAACUUCCGCAGUUUUGUGACCCACCUGAAACCUAUGCUAAGCAGAGAGAAACACGAGAUUACCAUCUCCGAAUUCAGCAAACCCACCGUUGUAUAA